AUGACCCCUCCGGGGCUGCAAGCGCCGCUUUCGCUGCUCUUGUUGUUCCUGCUGGGCGGCAGCCUGGUCGCGGCCGCCCGCAGGGACAAGGGGGCUGCCGGUGGCCCGGCGGGUGGCUCCUCGGGACGCUUCGUCGGCCCCGAGCAGCACGCGUGCACCUGGCAGCUCCGGCGGCCAGCUCCGGGGGCCUCGGCGGGCAGCGAGCUGACGCUGCGCUGCCAGAGCCCGGACGGGGCGCUCUUGGAGUGCGCCUACCGCGGGGAGCCCGAGCGCUGCGCUGCCUACGCGGCCCGCGGCGCGCACUACUGGAAGCAGGUGCUGGGCGCGCUGCGCAAGAAGAGGCAGCCAUGCCAGGACCCCGCGCCUCUGCGCGCCCGCCUGUGCGCCGGCAGGAAAGGCAACGGCGCCGAGUUGCACCUCGUGCCUCGCGGUGCGUCCCCGCCCGUAGGUCCUACUGCCGCGGGCGGUUCCGAGGUGCCCAGACCUCGGCCCAGGAACCGGGGACGACCCCGCGAUUCCGCUCACGUCCCAACCGCAGGGCUCCCUCCCACGAGCGCGCCGUCUCCAGAAAAGCUCCCUGAGAGGAAGAGCAAGAAGAAGGCAACCUCGGAGCCCAACAGCGAACGACCCCUGGGGAGCGGGCCCAACCCCGACGGGCUGCUGGCCAACUCGGAGCUCACGGAGACCUACUGUGCCGAGAAGUGGCACUCGCUCUGCAACUUCUUUGUCAACUUCUGGAACGGCUGA